ACAGUCAAACAGGAAGAUCUGCAGGAACAAACAGACCUGAUGGUGCUGAAAGAAGAGACCCAUCAAUGGAGUGAAAUGGAAGAGAAACAGCAAGACAUACCGACUAAUGAAAAACCCACACUGACUUCACACGGAAGACCUCGGAAAUCCAAUUCUAGAUGUAAUUUCAGCUGUAAACAGUGUGGAAAGAGUUUCAGUCAAAAGCCAAACCUUGAUGUUCACAUGAGAGUUCACACUAGAGAGAAACCUUAUACCUGCGAACAGUGUGGAAAGAGUUUUGGUAAAAAACAAAGCUUUAAAACCCACACGAGAAUUCACACUGGAGAGAGGCCGUACACAUGCCAACAGUGUGGACAAACCUUUUAUCAUGUAGGAAACUUUGCAGCGCACAUGAGAAUUCAUACUGGGGAGAAGCCUUACUCUUGCUCUCAGUGUGGAAAGAGUUUUAAGCAAAAUGGCACCCUUACAGUCCACAUGAGAACUCACACUGGAGAGAGGCCGUACACAUGCCAACAGUGUGGAAAAAGCUUCUAUACUUCAGAAAAUUUUACACAGCACAUGAGAAUUCACACUGGAGAAAGGCCGUACACAUGCCAACAGUGUGGAAAAAGCUUCUAUAAUACAGGAAACUUGGCAGCGCACAUGAGAAUUCACACUGGGGAGAAGCCUUACUCUUGUCUUCAGUGUGGAAAGAGUUAUAAGCAUAAUAGCAACCUUAAAGCUCACACGAGAACACACACUGGAGAGAGAAUUUGUACUUGCACACAGUGUGGGAAAUGUUUCUCUCGAAAACAAAGCCUUCACAUCCACAUGAGGAUUCACACUGGAGAGAAACCUUACAGAUGCACAGAGUGUGGUAAAGGUUUUCCAUAUAAAAGCACACUCAAUCACCACAUGAGAACUCACACCGGAGAGAAGCCAUUUGCAUGUGUUCAGUGUGGAAAGACUCUCACACGCUCCGAUUCCAUUAAGCAACACAUGAAGACUCACUCAGGAGAGGAUCAUUUUACAUGCAGUGAGUGUGGAAAGGGCUUUAAACAUAAAAGAAGCCUCAGCACUCACAUGAAGCUUCACAAUGGAGAGCAGAGCCCUCUAAAUUGAGGCCUUGUCUAGCGGAGCUUAGGUCUCUCUCGGGACAGCAUGCCAAACAAGUGUUUCGUUCAUUUUGUUCAA